AAAUUCCCCGGCCCGACACCCAUCACCCGACUUUUCAUCGUACCAUCAUCACCUUCCCCCCAAACACCCGGUUUCACACAUCUCCACUCACCACCUCGUUCACCACCCCCUACGAAACGAAACCACCGCAAUCAUGUCCGACGACGAGAGAGAGACCAAGCCCUUCAAGUUCGUGACUGCAGGUUUCGACGCCCGGUUCCCCAACCAGAACCAGACCAAGCACUGCUGGCAAAACUACGUCGACUACCACAAGUGCGUCAACGCCAAGGGCGAGGACUUCAUGCCUUGCAAGCAGUUCUACUACGCCUACCGCUCGCUGUGCCCCAACGCCUGGUUGGACAAGUGGGAUACCCAGCGCGAGAACGGAAACUUCCCGGCCAGACUGGACGCUUAGUCGGAGGCACCUGGAAGCUGAGCCGGGAGGAUGGUUCGGUUCAGAACACUAGCAUGUAUAUUUUGCCCUUGAAAUCAACAUACACGGCGGCGGCAAAGCGGGUAUAGAUGUGUUUUUGAACGGUGGUGUGAGGCAGACAGACAGAGCGACAG